AUGAAUCAGAAGAGGAGUCCACUUAUGCUGGCUGCAUUGCAUGGCAAGAUCUCUUGUGUGCAAAAACUCCUUGAAGUUGGAGCAAACCUUUUGAUGUUUGAUUCUCUCAACGGAAGAACCUGUUUGCAUUAUGUUGCAUAUUAUGGCCAUUCAGAUUGCCUCCAAGCCCUUCUUUCUUCUGCUCAUUCCAGCCCUGUCGCAGUUUCUUGGUUGGAGAAGAAAGUCUCGCCCAACACUGCUCGUGGUCGGAGAAGAACGUCCAGCCGCCACCAUUUUCUCUCUCCACGAUUCUAG